CACUCCAGGAGCCCUUCGCCGACACGUCCAAGGCUGCCCUCGCGCCACAGGAUCGCCUGAACGACAUCAUUCUUGGUGUCACCUGGGUCGGCUGUCUUUACGGCAUUGGCAUGAUAUGGUGUGCCGUCAGCUUGCUCCGUCGAUGGUCGGGGGGUAACAGCGAAAGAGAAGUCGGCAUGGUUUCGGUGCUCGCCGCAUUUGUCUUAUCCACGGGAUGGCCAGCAAUACUGGCGUAUUAUGCAUUCUCGGAUCGGUAGCCGCCGGGAUUAGGCCCCGUCUUAACGGCAGUUCAUGGACACGGAGACGACCGGAUAAGCAAGGAGAGAACAACAUGCAGAUCGUCCCGCCACUUUGUUAUGGAAGGCUGAAGGGUGAAGGAACAGAGCUUUGGGGCUCGAGAGGGUUAGGUGCUCUUGCUAGAGCAAGGCUCGUAGAUUGGGUCGGAGCUGAGGGACGCCUGGCACAGGUUGUACACAGUAGAGUGCUAUUGGGUAACGGGGCAUUCAUUUCGUGGGAUCACGUAUAUCACCGGGCGAAACUGUUAUUUAAGGUUCUUCAUGACCACGGUCACUAAAACAAUCAGGGUUGACCUGCAAGCCCUCGCCACCACCACUGAGCCCAUAUCCCAGAAGCGACCUGC